AUGGCUUCCUCUUAUUCAUAUCCUGAAUUAUUUUUGGCGGGUUUUAUAUUUACCUUGCCCUUUUUAUAUGAAAAAAGCAAUGUUUUCCGAUAUUACUUAAAAUUUUUCCUCUACUACGCUUAUGUGUUAAUCACUUGCACAGUGCUUUUGCCUGUAGUAUUAAUAUAUCCUCGCGACGUAACAAACCUAAUAGUUGCUUCCAGAUUUUGUCGCUAUGCCUCUUAUAUAGUAGGUAUAGAAUGGGAGUUGAGGGGGAUGGAACAUUGGAACUCUGAACAAUGCUACAUUGUGAUAUCUAAUCAUCAAAGCUCAUUAGAUAUAUUAGGCAUGUUUGAAAUGUGGCCACGCAUGAAACGCUGCACUGUCGUGGCGAAGAGACCUUUAAUGUUUACUGGUGCAUUUGGUUUUGGUGCUUGGCUUUCUGGACUAGUAUUCAUUGAUCGGUUAAGAACAGAGAGAGCUCGUCAGCUAAUGAAGGAUGCUACUGCAAGAGUCAUAAAAGAAAAAACAAAGCUAUGGAUAUUCCCGGAAGGGGCAAGAUUUAACAAAGGCAGUAUACAAGCUUUCAAGAAAGGUGCAUUUUAUUUAGCUAUUGAUGCUCAGAUACCAAUAAUGCCAGUUGUUUUUAGUCAAUAUUACUUUCUUGAUAGUGAGACCAAGACAUUUGAACCAGGGAAGGUGGUCAUCACUACACUGCCUCCUAUACCAACAAGUGGAAUGACUCGCAAUGAUGUUGAAAGAUUGUCUGAAAUAGCCCGCCAACAAAUGAUAAAUGUUUUCCAUGAGACCUCCAAAGAUUUAGUCAUGCAAAAGAAAAUUGCUAUUUAAAACUAUCCAUAAACACCUCCAAUUAAUUGGUGUAAAUCAAAUCUAAAAAGUAUUUCCUAGAAUCUCAUCUUAGAAAAUUAAGUGCUGUUCAUUUUUUUUUGAAUAUUUUAUUAUAGUUUGAUUGAUUGUAGUCAUUAGAAUGUGAGGUAUUUGUAAAUUAUCCAAACAUGUACACAUCAAAAAUGUUGUAUAUUACUCAUGGAAAUGUGAACAUGUGGAGAUAUUUAAAGACAAGUGCCAAUCAUUCCCUUUAUGGCUAGUUAAUUAAGUUUGCUCCAAGAAGCCAUAAUGUAGUUAUAUAACCAUGUUGUUCCUUUUACAAACAUCUAGUCGUUUUUUAUUUAUUUAGUGAGAUGUAGUAUUAAGAGGAUUAUUUCCUAUUUCUAGUCCUAUCUUUUAUUUAUAAGUUUUAUAUAUUUACCAUUUUGUUGACUGAAAUUUUAUCAAAAUGUUUGUUCUUCCUUUGUGCCCUUAGAAUGUUAAAGUAUUUUAUAUUGUAAGUAACUUAACUGUUUAUGAUUAUUGCAUAGGUAGUCUUUAGUAAUUUAACAAGCAAAUAAAUAAUGUUGUUUUCAUAAGUCUGCCAGUGAUAUAAACUCAUAAUUACGCUCUUUAUAGAUAAAAAUAACUGUCAUGUAUAUAAUUUUAUUGAAAUAAGCAAGUCGCAAUAAAUUUGGUGCUUAUUUUUACUGUCAUAGUACACCAGUCAUUAGCUAUGAGACAAAUAAUCUAGACACAAUUUGCCUAAAACUGAACCCUAGGUGUUAUUAAAAUAAAACAAGUUUAGAGAAUCUUAGAUAAAUAUUUAUUUGGCUAAGCCAAUGAUUCUAAAAUUAUUGCGUUUGGGCUGUAUGCUUGUGUACAAAAGCGUCGAUUCUCUUGACCCUAACAACUAAUUUGGUAUGUACUAAUAAUACAAAAAA